UGAGUUGUUGCUGAUAGCAGCUCUUAUGUGAAUGCCUAUUUUGUUACCAUUCAUGAGAGUAAAGCGACUGAAGUGCAUCAGCGAUAGCGUCAUCCUUGACCACAUCCGAGGACAUUAAAAUACGUCUUCCGGAAUGACGUCGAGUAUUGCGUCACCCUCGUCCAACAUGGCGGACACGGAAAACACAAACAUGGACUCCAGUAAGAGUAAAGCUUCUCCGAAUGCGCUUAAACGACGCGUCGAAGAAGAUUGUCAGAGAAAAGACCAACAUAAAGACGUACCCGAAAGCUGCACUACCGCGGAGUACUGCGAGAAGUUGCAGGCGUGGAUGUGUCAGUACUCCACUGGCUAUGUGACUUGGCAGAGCUGGCUGGCGGCGUCGGCAGCCAUGUCCUAUCCGUCUGCUUUUCAAUCGGUCAACGGAACGUCGACGGCACGUCUCGAGUCCAACGCACAGUACUUCGGUGCCCCGUUGUCGCCCAACGCGCCUGCCUCGGGCUCCCAGAGUAGCCGGCAAGGUGAGGCCGCGGGCGGGGCUGCGGUGCCGACUCGGCCGCAGCAGCUGCCACAGGAGAAUGGACACGCACGGAGGCCAGGUCGAGAGUACACGAUCCCCUCACCUCUCCAAAGACUCCUGGCUGAAAUUGUGGAUUUCUUCAUACUGUUUUUCAUUAAAGCGGCCAUUAUUAUCAGUAUUAUGCACCUGAGUGGAAUCAAGGAUGUGUCCAAGUUUGCCAUGCAUUUUAUCGUGGAUGAAAUAGAUGAGGAAACGUCGAUGGAGGAGCUGCAGAAAAUGAUGCUGGUUGCUCUUGUGUACCCGAUAUUCGUCUGUUUUUACGAGAUUGUAUGUAUUUGGGGAGCAGGUGGAGCCACCCCAGGAAAAUUCAUUAUUGGACUUCGAGUUGUGACCUGCGACUCAUCGGUUCUGGUUCAGCCCAACCGGGUCCUCGUGGUGCCGGCAACUGAUGUGUCGCUGUCUGCAUCAACUGUACGAGCCCUGAGCAAGAACUUUUCAAUCGCGUUCUUCUUCCCAGCUUUUGUCACGCUUCUGUUCUUCCAGCACAACAGGACUGUGUACGACAUGGUCGCUGGCACCAUUGUUGUCAAGCGCUCCAGGGUCAGAUGACCCAGAUGUGCAGCACCACCGCUUGCAAAGCACACCGCAUCAAGUGUUGGAAACUAAAUCUGUGGAGGACUCAACUCUGGUCAAUGUGCACCAGGGCUCCAUUAAUGAGGAAAGCGAGGUUCUUAUGGAUCGGUGUGCCACACAACCUGUGUUUGGUUCAUGUCUGACCCAACAGCUGCAUGGGUAUCUGUGCCAAGUUCACGUCUCUUAAAAUAUGUGGGGGGAAUGACAUCUGCUCUUUUCAUAAACACAUUUGCCUCUUUUUCAAUAAUAUUUCAGAUCAGGGUUGACUUUGUUUGCUCACGCUAUAUUUAAGUUACUAAGCCACGUAUUUAUAAUAUGAUACCCCCAGUAUGUUUUUGUGUAUUAACUAGUUUGAAACGUUGGGCCUUUGGACUAUGCUCAGUGUUUCAGGUGCUCAUGUAGGCUACUGUUGUUUAUUCUUCAAAGGCACAUUCAGAGUAUUGAAAGUCUGAACUCUUCCUCAGCUUGGCAUGUUGUGGUUAUCCACAUGAUCUUACUAGGAUAUUGUAUGAAAAGUUAAGACACCCUAUUGUGGUUGAAUUGGACUAAAGUGGAGCCUCUAAGGUUGUACACAAUCUAUACCAGAAAUCAGGUGACUGUAUAUAAUUUUUUUUUUCAGAUUUGGAACAGAUUUCCCUUUAACUAUUGGAAAUAGAAACGAUUUCUACGACGGCUAAACUAUCGUUUCAUAAAAUCGUUAGAAAUGGUACAGGCAAUAGUCUAAGCUACAGUUUAAGAUUCUUAAAUAGAAAAAGUUAACCCCUCUUAAUAUUAAAAAUGUAAAAACAAAGUGAGUCUUUAAUGACGAAGAAAGGUGUAGUAUGCAGAUUUAAACUUUCUUAACUGUAAAAAGAAGAAAAGAAAAA